AUGAACUGUGUACAUUCUCAAGGCUCUACUGUGGUCCCUUUUGAAAUGCAAAAUGACCAGCAGGCAGUGGCAUACACCAGUUAUUCUGUGUCAGCUGACCAUUCCCAGGGCCAUGUCCCAAACAUAGCUGAUGAUAUUCUUCCUGGAUCCCUUGAGGGAAGAGUACAUCUUCAAACUGGCAUAGAUUACCUGGUGUCAACUUCACUAUUGGACACCUUGGGGAUUUGUAACAUGGUGGCUGGUCACCUCAAGAACAAGAACAAUCAUUCUAUUGCCACACACAAAUUGGAUGAGCUCACUAAAUAUUGUAUUGACAACAACAUCUAUGGUAGGCAAGAAGAAGUCAAGCUUCCUGCACCUGGAGGGCCUGUAAUCCAGAUGAUCUGCCUUCCCCAUGUUGGCAUAGCCUGUACCAUGUUGACGGAUUAUCUCUAUGCUGUCUGCAACCUGGACACCAUGAAAAGACAUGCUAGACAGGUACAUGGACAUGCCCCAACUGAAGCAAGGACUCUCCUCAUGCAAAAUUUCCACUCAUCCCUUGAUGUACCUGUGAUACCAGAAACCUUGACCCCUGAAGAGCAAAGGCCUCUGCUCAAAGUCAUGUUGUGGGAUACAUUUAUGGUCGAUGUAUGGCAACAUCCAAGGGAAGUCAAAGCAGUGGAAACAUUGAAGGGAAAGCACCACCAGGAAGAACAUCACGGUCUUUUCAAGGCCAUAGGCACCCUAGUAGUAAAUCACUUUCAUAUAGCUAGCACCAUCCUCAAUGGAAAUCCAAACAAGCUGACUAUAGCAAAAACACUGUUGGAUGGCAGAAAUAUUACUUGCCAGUCUCAGGGUGUUCAAUCCUUGUUCUUGUUCAGCCUUGAUGUCACCCAAACCAAGGCCUUGGACACUUUCAUUGGUGGCAUGGUAUCUUCUAACAUGAGCAUCAAUGACCAGAACAUCAAGGAAUUCCACAAAAGGACAGUGACAUGGGCAAAAUCAACUCAUCCCUCCAUUUUUGAUUUCAAGUGGGUCCUUGCCAUUCAUAAUGAGGUCCUGGCUGUGGGACACUCCAAUACAUUCAAUAUGCUGUUUCAAUACCAGCAGUUUGCUUUGUCCUUGGCCUUGAACCAGCAAAGGGAGCUGAAGGUCUUUUUUGACCCUGGGUUCCAGUGGCUGUCGGUUGGAGCGGACAGAAUGCACAUCACUGCAUUUCACCAAGGUAUCCAAAUGCUCCUUCAACAAGUGGAAGACAGAUAUCUCCUGCUUACAAAAGGAUGUGUUGCAUUCAACAGCAUGCCAAACAAUCUGAAUGAUGACAUGACAAACACCAUCCAGAGAGAUUCCUUUGCAAAGGACAAGCAGUUUGGUUCAGGAUCACAACUUGGCUAUGAUGGAUGGAGAUGGACACUUUGGAUGGAAUGUGCCAGUGGUCAAAGACAUCCUGUGAUGAAGUGGGGAGGUAUGGAAACCAUUGUACCACUUGCUCUAUGUCACUGGUCAAAUCUCCAUGGACAGGAGUUGAUUCUUUUGUCUGGGUACAGCAAAACCACUCAGAUUGCAGAUAGAGAUUCAUGCACCCCUGUAUUCAUCAAUCCCAAAGUUGGACUUUUCUUGUUUGAAUUCCUUGCAGGCAGGUUAAGAGAUACUGAAGCAAUCCUGGCAAAGGUUGGGUAUGGGAAUGCUGCACACCAUGAGUAUAAAAUGUACUUGGUGGUGGAGAAUGGCAGCAGAAUCAAACCUGAUGGUAUUUGGAAUUUAAGCAAAGGAACUGCAAGGUUUUCAACUGCAUGUGGCGUGUCUGAGGGGAUGGACCACUCCAUGGACACUGACAAGAACCAUUAUGGCAUUUUAUAUGGCUCAAUGCCUGAACUUACCAACAAUACCAUGUUAAAGCAUCAUUGGUUGAGUGAAGAAUGGCAGGUGUUCUGUGGUCUUGGCCCCUUUCCACCUCAGGAGCCAAUUCAACAGAAAAGGACCAGGAGUGCACAUUCACAAAGUGCACAAGGUGAUGGACAAUUGUCUCCUGACCUUGCAGGGAUGUCCAAGACUGUGUCAACCAUUGCCAGCAGUGCAGUGACAAAGUUACUCCAGGACAAUCUGCCUUGCCUCCUGAAGGAACUUGCUACCACCACUAUCCUGCCGCCCAUUCUGGAUACUCUUCAGCAGUGCACUGCUGCACUCACAGUGCUUCAGGACCACCCUUUCAGUCCUCACAAAUUGUCAUCAGUGCAGACUCCUGCUAGGCAAGGGGGAAGUGGUCAUGUAUGGUCUGGAGGAUGUGAUAUUCACAGGUCGCACAGGGAAUGUGGUCCAAACUAG